UCAUAUAUAAUUAGUAUCUUUGUAUAGAGACAACAGUGAAGAAAACACGAGGACCUAUACAAUGCUUGAAGAUUCAUGCAAGACAGUUGGAAGAUAGAGAACAAAUUACUCUAGAUAGUGAAGGAGAGGCAAUUGGUCCUACUGAUGAAGUUGUAAACAACUUGAGCAAAUUUUUGGGCACAGUGGCAAGGAAUUCAGAUUUUUGUCCAUUAAUUUACACAAAUUGGAAGGGGAUUAAAGAUAAAGAAGCCAUUUGGGAAUAUGUUCAAGCUAAAUUCAUUAUUCCAACUGAAGGAAAGAGGAUGGUCCUUGCUCGUAUCAAUGACAACUGGAGAAGGUAUAAGACUACAAUAAAGCAAACUCAUUUUCUGCCAUACAAAUCUGUUAAUGAGAUGCUAAAAAAUCGUCCUAAGAGCAUACCUGAGAGUCAUUUUCGCAAGUUAAUUGCUUAUUGGAGAACUGAGAAAGUUAAGAAAAUGUCUGCGCAGAAUAAGAAAAAUAGGGCACAACAAAAAUUUAGGCAUCGAAAGGGACCAAUAAAUUUUGCAAGAAUACGUGCAAGAUUGGCUGCUUCUAAGGAAAAUAAUGAACCACCUACUCAAGCAGAAAUGUUUGUUGAGACUCGCGAAAGUACAAAGGGAAAACCAUUGGAUGAAGACACUCUGGAUGUUAUAGCACAUUUGCAAGCUGAGAAUAAAAAGUCUAAAGAAUCAGCAAUUAGAGCUUUCCAAUCCAUAUUUGGGAAAGAGAAGGCAGGGAGAGUGCGAUGUCACGGAAGAGUAACCACACCAACUUUGUUGAAGAAAAAUGAGGAAAUUGCCACCCUUAAGCAGCAACAUGCAACUGAGAAAGCAACAUUAGAGAAUAAGGUUGAUGUGAUGCAAAAAGAAGUAGAUGAACUAAAAUCGCUUGUUAAGAUGAUGCUGCAACAAAAAAACUCAGGAGUGGACCUUGACAUGUUAGUUGCUCAAUUAGGAAGCACUUUAGGGAAUCCGAACAAUAAUGAUGCGCAUGAAGAGGAAAACUAUGUUGAAGGAGAAAUCGAACUUGAUUAA